CGCUCCUGCGCCGCUCGUGCGCCUGCGCGGGAGUCGCGGCGCGAGCGGCGGCGGCCAUGGAGGGCGGCCCGGGCGCGCGCAUCCGUGAGGGGGACUGCGCCGUGCUCAAGCGGGACGAGGUGUUCAAGGCGGUGUCGGUGCUGCGCCGCAGAAAAAUAAUUUUUGAGAAGCAGUGGUUCUACCUGGAUAAUGCCAUCGGACACAUUUAUGGAACCACAUUUGAAGUGACCAGUGGGGGAAUCCUCCAGCCAAAGCAAGAGGUGGAAGAGACUGCCACAGAAACAAAGGAAGCAGGGACAGAUAAUCGUAACAUAGUUGACGAUGGGAAGUCUCAAAAACUGACUCAUGAUGACAUAAAGGCUUUGAAGGACAAGGGUAUUAAAGGACAGGAAAUAGUUCAGCAGUUAAUAGAGAACAGCACAACAUUCAGAGACAAAACAGAAUUUGCUCAAGAUAAAUACAUAAAGAAGAAGAAAAAAAAAUAUGAGGCAGUAAUUACAAUUGUGAAACCCUCCACUCGCAUCCUUUCAACCAUGUAUUAUGCAAGGGAACCUGGAAAGAUUAACCACCUGAGGUACGACACGCUGGCACAGAUGCUGACCCUGGGGAACGUCCACGCUGGCACCAAGAUGAUUGUCAUGGAAACCUGUGCAGGCCUGGUGCUGGGGGCUGUGAUGGAGAGGAUGGGGGGCUAUGGAUCCAUUAUUCAGAUGUACCCAGGAGGGGGACCUGUUAGAGCUGCCACCAGUUGUUUUGGAUUUCCCAAACCUUUUUUUGAUAACCUUCACGAAUUUCCUCUCAGCAAAGUGCAGAGUCUCCUGUCUGGGACAUUCUCCACAGAGACUCUGCCUGCAGACCCUGAGGAGAAUGCACUGGGAGAGGAGGAAAGCAAUGGAUUGAGCGAGGAGAAGCAGACCUCCCUGCAGGAAACAGAGGAGGAACCUGCUGCUGAAGCACCUAUGGACAUCAAUCCAACAGAGGAGCAAGACACAAUGGACAUUAACACUGAAGAUGCAGAAUUUAAAGAGAACAAAGAAAAAGAAAAUAAAGAAAAUGUUCGGGAAAAGCAAAUGAAACAGUGGGAGAGAAGGAAAAAGCUGAAAGAAGCUGCUGCUUUGCUGAGAGAGAAGAAUGCUGAUGGCUUAAUUAUUGCCAGCAAGUUUCAUCCUACACCCUUGUUACUUUCCUUAUUGGAAUUUGUUGCUCCUUCGAGGCCUUUUGUUGUCUACUGCCAGUAUAAAGAGCCAUUAUUAGAGUGUUACACCAAGCUGAGAGAAAGAGGUGGAGUCAUCAACCUGAAACUGUCUGAAACCUGGCUACGGAACUACCAGGUUCUACCAGAUCGCAGCCAUCCAAAGCUGACCAUGAGUGGAGGUGGAGGGUACCUCCUGUCUGGCAUCACUGUCGUCUUGGAGAAGGGCAAAUCUGAUUCCAGUAACUCAGAGGCACUAAAGGUGGAAGAGCCAUCAUCCAAAAGAUGCAAACUUCAAGACCUUCCUUGUUAACAUUUGGAGAACUGACUUGUGGUUUAGAUCUCAGGAGUUUCGUGAAAUAAGAAGUCCUUUCUGUGCUGUUGGCAGCACAGGGCCGUGCCUGUCGUGCAUCUGUUAGAGAAAGCAGCAGAACUGCAGGGGAGGGAGGUCUGUCCUGCUCCUCAGCAGUUCACAUCAUCUGAAUGUCAAGGAAAACCCUUGGGAACAAACAUCCUACUGAACUCAGACACUUCAAGAAGGAGAGAGGAUCAAGAGAAGACAAAGCCUCAGUGCAGGCAUUCUGUUUGUUUGUUGCCAAAUCUGAAUGUGAGGAGGUUUUUUAAAAGGUUGAGUCGGAAUCAACACAUCCAACUUAGCUCUCCAUUCUCCCAGAAAGGCAUCAGAGGAUUCUACUCAGGAUUCCACGUGCUGCUCUGCUCACACUGGGGACACAGAACUCGGCUCUGUUCAGUAAGUUAAGAAAGUAGAAUGAACAGCAGAAAUCAUACACAUUUUUUUCUAAAGGAACAAUAAAAAGAGAAAUCUAAUAGUAGAGAUGACCCCAUGCUUACAGCACGACUCCACAUUUUCCUGAAAUAAAUACAGAGGAGAAAGUGCAUGUUCUUAAAUUAAAAUACUAAAUAUUUAAACUAUCAAUAUUUGUCUGUCAUUUUCCAAGACAUUUUCUGAGAGUUGCUGUAUGUUUUUAAGAUGUUACUAUUUUAAAAACUGCUGUAUGUAUAUUUAUUUAUUCUAGUGUUGGAUCUUUCAGAUGUCGGGCUUUUUUAUUAAUUUUUAACUCUGCAUUUGCCAUUUCAAUUAAACUACAGGGUGUUUUCCCUGAAGAGA